UAGCAGCCGCUAGCUCAAAUCGACACGUCGUAUCAGACAGAAGCUGGGUGUUACCGAGCGAAUAAACGUACAAUGUCCCCCCUUUAGCCCGGUUAGUGUGUCUCUGGUUCACGGUCAGACGCGGUGGACUUUGUGCGUAAAAGUUCCUCCGUGCGCCCCGGGUUUGUUGGCACCCGUCUGACCGAGCCAUGAUGUUGAGCAGCGGGCAGCUUCGCACUCGCAUCGCCGCUAUAGUGGAGUCUCUGUGCCGAACCGCGGUCACAGAAAUCUCCAAAAUCGUGGAGGAUGGGAUGAUGGUGCUGCGCCUGGAGACGUGCUACCGGGAGAGCGAGAUCAAGCGGCUGAAGGGAGAUAUCGCCCGGCUUCAGGUGGAGCUGAGAGCGGCGCAGGAGGCAGGGGCCACGCCGAGAAGGGAGCACGGAGCGCGGGACAACCUGGCUAUCCAAAACAAAGACACCUCCUCCAUAUUUGUCACUUUUAUUCCUUCAAUCGACCACAAAAACCAGCCCGUGUCUCUGGUGCAAAAUAGAACGCUUGAAGAUCGAAGUGAAGACCCUCCUCCACCACGGCCGAUAGAACCGCACAGGACCUCCAUUUUGGAAAGGGACAGUGACCAAACCACAUCUCAAAAUGCCAAUUUAGGACGCUCUGAAAAUAGCCUGCCCCAUUUGGCGAAUUCUUCAGUGGAAGUGGGGGCGAGUGGCAGACAUUUUGGAUUUAACCCGUUCACCGUGGAGCCGAAGAAGGAGAAGAUCUGUCCGUACUGUGGGAAGUGUUUUGAGCGAUCGGCACAUCUGGAGAGACAUAAGAUGAUCCACACGGGAGAGAAGCCUUUUCAGUGUGAGACCUGCGGGCGCUGUUUUAACCAGAAGUGCAGUUUAAAGGAGCACCGCAAGAUCCACAUACGAGAUGCACAACUCGCCAUACAAAACUCACUGUCCGGGGAGAAGUCUGUUUCCAAAAACGAGUCCAUUCAAAAUCACUCACUGAAUCCAGAGGAGACACAACAGCAAACAGGACCCACCCCCAUCACCCUCACCCAAAACCACGACACCCUCCUGUCUUUUGCACCUGUCAAGUCCGAACCUAUCGAGUCAAAAAUCGAACCUGUACAAAACCACCAGACGAUUCCCAAGACAAUUCCUCAAACAAUUCAAACGGUUUCCCAGACAAUUACCCAAGCGAGUCCCCAAACAGUUCAACCAAUACAGCAAACGGUUCCUCAGAAACAUCUCCCCAAACGAUUCCUCAAACGACUCCCCAAAAGAUUUCCCAAGCGAUUCCUCAAACGGCUCCACAAACGAUUCCCAAAACAAUUCCCAAACGAUUCCCCAAACGAUUCCUCAAACAGUUCCCCCACCAAUUUCCCAGACAAUUCCCCAAACAAUUCAAACGAUUCCCCAAGAAUGCAACGAUUUAAGCCUGAGAAUCGAACCUUCAACUUCAUUUCUGGGUUUACCGCCACUCUCUCCUCCCAUGGACACCUUGGAGCCUUCUAGUGGCAGUCAGCAGUACUACAUAAAGGACGGUAGCAUGUUUGACUUUCCGAAAAGAGCACCCAGACCAAAGAAAAUGUAUCCAUGUCCAUACUGUCCAAAGGUUUUCUGGAGGAGUGAGCAUCUGGAGAGGCACGUUCGGAUCCAUACGGGAGAGAAGCCCUAUGGGUGUUAUAUCUGCGGCCGGUUCUUUAGUCAAACCAGCAGCCUGAAAGGACACAUGAAGACUCACAUCAAUCUCAAGAUCAGAGGACACCUGUUAGGGAACAGCAGUGGACCUGUGGAUUCUCAACACGUGCCCCUCCCUUCUGAAAACCAAACUGUGAUGGACACUUUAGAACAAAAGCCUCGUCUGGACUGGCCCCCAACCACAACCGUGAAAUUGGAGCCAAAAGAGGAGCCACUGGACACUGAACCAGAGGAGAACCUUACCAAUAUGAACCAGGAAGUAGCUUGGACUUCUGGGAUUUCUGUGGACCACGACACAUUCAAAACUGAAGACAUGGAUUUUGAUGAUGCACAAAUCAAUAUAGAAAUGGUGCCUAAUAAUCAUUGCUUGACUUCGAUCAGUUCAGAAACGGAACAAGAAGAAAACAUGAAGCAAAAUGGUGAUUCUGUAGAAUUUGAUAAUCAAAAUCUCAACUGCAACCUGAGCGAACAGGGUAUGAGCUCCUACAUUUGUUCGGUCUGCGGAGAAAACUACGACAAUUUUAAUUUAUUUCAAAAACAUCAGUGUUUAGAACAGUUGCACAGUGAUGAGAUAUAAACUGCCUCUUUAAAGGGCCCAUAUUACACUGUUUUCUGAUUUAGUUUAUAAUGUAGUUUCCUCAUCACAAACAGACCUGGAGUUGUGUUUUGUUUCAUUCACACAUAUUUAACACAAAAGUUCUUCUCUUGAACCGAAAUCACCCUGUUCCACCUUGUGAUGUCAUGUGAUAAUACAAGAAGUGCUCUACUGUGUUUUUAAACUCCAUACACUUGCACUGGAAUCAUUUGGAAAAUUUCAGUCCUGGAAUUGCAAAUCUCUACUGAACUAAAGGUAAAAGGAGCUGUCAUCCUUACUACGUUUUGACCUUUAGAGAAUGUAGACAAAUAAUAAAGUGUUACUCAAACAUGUGAAUGAAACAAAACAUAAGGCCAGUUAUGUUUUUGAUGAGGUAACAACAUUAUAAUAUAAGAGUCAAAUGUGCGUAAUAUAGGAUCUUUAAAUGUAUAUAUAAUUUCUUGUUUUUGAUUAAUUUGCUGAAAUUUGCUUUAAAUUAUUUUAUCUCUGCAUAAAUUCUCAGAAUGUUGAAUACGAACAAUCAACAAAUGAUACAGAAGUAUAUAUAAUUUAAUAUUUUUUUUGUUUUUUAAUUGUGAGCCAAUGGUACAAUAAGCCGCAUACACAAAUAAUGUUUAGUUUGCGCAAUUUCUGUGUUUUUAUGUUUACAUGACAUUUGCAUUGCCAGUAUUUAAAGAUUCACUAUGUAACUUUCCUGUUUGAGGGACUGAUACCUGCUUAUUACCAUGGAGAUGUUAUUGUUUCGCCAUGGAGAAUUACUGCUAUUCAUUUGUGUUUAUGUCACUUAAAUAACUUGAAAUACAUCUAUUUUUUACUGUGAGGGGGCUUGCCUCCCCACAGAUCUGAUCUUGAACUUGGCCUAUUGGUGUUAACCUGUCUCCAUUAAGGGAGAUAUGUUUAAUGCCAUAUCAAGCUAACAUCUUCAUGGAGACAGGUGGUGAAAUCUCCACCUGAAAAGUUACAGAAUGCACCUUUAAUCAACUAAAUUAAAGCGUCCAUCCAUCCAUUUUCAUCCACUUAUCCGGGGCCAGGUCGCAGGGGCAGCAGUCUAAGCAGGGACUCCCAGACUUCCUUCACCCCAGACACUUCCUUCAACUCCUUCGAGGGGACCCUGAGGCGUUCCCAGGCCAGCCGAGAAACAUAGUCCCUCCAGUGUGUCCUGGGUCUUCCCCAGGGUCUCCUCCCUUUGGAACAUGCCCGGAACAGCUCGCGAGGGAGGCACCCAGGAGGCAUCUGGAACAGAUGCCCACGCCAAAUCAGCUGACUCCUCUCCACAUGGAGGAGCAGCAGCUCUACUCCGAGCUCCUCCCGUGUGACCGAGCUCCUCACCCUAUCUCUAAGGGAGCGCCCAGCCACCCUGCAGAGGAAACUCAUUUCGGCCACUUGUAUUUGCGAUCUUCUCCUUAAGGUCAUUACCAUCUUGACCACAACGGUUCGACACAGCCACUGCAUAACUGCAGAUGCUGUAUCGCUCCGUCUGUCAAUCUCACACUCCAUCCACCCCUCACUCGUGAACUCAUUGCUAAGGGCUGUCUGUUGUCCUGUUGGCUUCAUCAGACCAGGACCUGCAAUGUGCGCUGGGGCGGUUUGCAGCCGAGUGUGAAACGGUUGGGAUGAGGAUCAGCUCUUCAAAGUCUGAGGCCAUGGUUCUCGACCAGAAAAAGGUGGCUCCGGGUGGGUGGAGAGUCCCUACCUCAAGUGGAGGAGUAUCAAGUUUAGGACUUGAAGGAUGUACAAUAUUAUGAAUAAGAUUUCUAGACAUUGUUAUUAUGCUGUUUUUCAUGUAGAAUUGUUAACUUUUCCAGUGGCCAGACGCUGUAUUGACCAGUCAAUUCAAUCAAGACAUCUCCAUGGAGACAAGCAGGUGGUGAAAUCUCAGAACUGCAGAAACCUUACACAGUGUACCUUUAGCCAAGCAGAUUAAAAUAGUAUCAUGAAUGGUAGCAAUUUAAAAAAGAAAGAACUACCAGACUUCCUUCUCCCUCAGACCCAAUGCUCAAAACCAUUGUACGAAAUGGUUAAGUUGUUUUUUGUUUUAUUUUUAGGACUUGAAGGAUCUAGAAUCUCCUCAGUACAUUUUCUAUGCGUUGUUUUCAUGUUGUUUUUCAAUGGCAUGUGGUACUGUUACCUUUUCAAUGGACAAACACUGUACUUGAUUUUAAUACGUUUUGUACCAUACCUGUUUCGUACGUUCAGAUAUUAAGUGUUAACAACUGACUGUGAAUGUGCAAUGAAAAGAAUGUGAUAAAAUCUGACUGAACUGUU